UUCAGUGUUUGUGUAUAAAAGAUACUUCUAGCAGAGGAUAAUCAAUCAAUUCGAUCGAGCGUAACGGAGUUAACAAGUUCUACUAUUUUCAAGUCUGCGUAAGAAAUAAUCAACUACAAAGAAAGAUGCCGAGAUCAGGAUGUGCUGACAGAUGCUGUGUUGACAAAUGCGACUCGAAGUGUGGCGAUCAGUGCAAGUGUUGUGGUUCUGGGCCAUGCAAUGGCAAAUCUUGCUGCACAUCUAACCAAAAAUGCUGUGGUACACCUCGCCAACAGUGUUGCUGCAUUUCUAGAGACAGAUGCUGCACCAAUUCUAGUGGCAAAUGUUGUUGCUAAAUUCGAUUCCGGCUACGAAUAAAGAGGCGAUCAUCGCUAAGAGCGAUCGUUGCGACGAAUAUUAGAUGACACUAUUUCCUUCAGGCGCCCUUUACCACUAUUAUUCAACAACAAUAGCUAACUAUUCAAUGUUUAAAUGUUCAAAAAUUUUUGUGGUAAUAAAGAUGAUAAAAUAAUAUUUAA